AUGGGCAGUGGCGCGUCCGUCGAAGUGUUUGGCGACGGUGAGCUUGAGACGGCGCUCAAAGCGCCGCCGCGGUGGAGCUCGUGGGACGCCUUUCGCGCCGGCUUCAACAGCAUCGUCAACGCCAUUGUGCGACCGCCUCGGCACGACUACAAGGACGCCGACUUGGGACCAACGACGUUUGUGAUCGACACGAUCGCUGUCGAGCGGCGGGACUUUACCGUGUGCAACGAGACCGGCGCGACGCUGGUGUGCAGUCUCUGGGCUCCGAUCGAUGGCGCCACGCACUGCGUACUGUACGUGCAUGGCAUGAGCGGGUCGCGCGUCGAAGGCCUUAGCCUCCUGCCGUCGCUGCUCCAGCGCGGCGUGGCGUUUGCAGCUCUCGACUGCGCCGGCUCGGGCAAAUCUGACGGCGCGUACGUCUCGCUCGGCCUGCACGAAAGCCGCGAUCUAUUGGUCUGCGUCCGGGCGCUGCAGACGUACCACUCGGGGCAGUUGACGUCGCUGAGUCUCUGGGGCCACUGCAUGGGCGCCAACGCCGUGCUCCUCCUCUGCAAUGCACUCCGUCUCGAGCGCACGCAUGUCCAACGGACGCUGGCGGUGCGGGACUUGCGCACGUCGGUGAAGUCGCUCGCGGGCCGCAACAGCAUCGUACUCGAUGCCACCAUUGCUCCCUGCGGCGACGAGCCCGGGAUCGAAGCGGGGGCCGUGCUCACGCACAUCAACGGGUCGAGCGUCGCAGCCAUGGGCGCCUUGGCAGCGCUAUCGCUACUGGGAACGAAUGCGUUUGCCAACGUUGAGUUUGCUGAGCUCCAAGAGCAUCCACAGCCGUACGACACGCCGUCUUUUGUGACGUGGCUCGUGCUUGACAGCGGCUUUACAGACCUCACGUCAGUCCUUCUCGACAUGGUCAAAGCCGCCCAGCGAGACGGCCUCUCGUUGCCGAGCUUUCUCGUCUCGGCCGCACUCGCUCUCGUGCGCGCGUCCAUCAAGCGCCGGGCGGGGUUCGAUCCGCAGGCCGUUGCGCCGCACGCGGCCAUUGAGCAGUGCCAUCUCCCCGCCAUCUUUCUACAUGCUACACAAGACGACUUUGUCCAGCCGCACCACAGUGAAGACAACUUUAAGGCGUGCGGAAGCGUUGUCAAGCACUACAUUGCACUCAACGGUACUCGCGACAUGCGACGGAGUCCAUCAUUGCUCCAACACGUCUGGCCGGUCGUGGACACGCUCCAGGGUAUUCCUACCGACCAGAUCGCGCCGUCGGACCUCGCGCCGUGGGCGACCGCAUCAACGGCCACUCAGUGGACGCUGCUCGACGAGUCGACAGAAGACGCUCAGGAAGACUCGAUUGCAGCCUUUAGCGCAUAUACGACGGGCUACAGGGAUCUCGGGUCCCAUGUGGUCUACCUCGUCCACGUCUUUGCACCGCGCGGAGAGUUUUCAAAGCUUAUACGAGACACCGACGUUGGGUUUGGCGCCAAGGAAGCCUCGCGCCGGCCAUCGUCACCGACCAAAGAGGACGAUGCGGAGCUGCGCCAGUUUUGGGAAACAGCGUGCUCCAAAACGCUCUCGUGGCGCAAGUCGUGGCGCCGGGCGUCAACGGGGUCGGCGCCCCCCGCACCGAUCGAGGGGCUCUCCGUGCCGGUUGCACCGAAUGACUACAACGCGGAUGGUGACCUCGAUUUUGUCGUCGAGCGGCGCUGCCACGACGUUAAGCUCCUCUUGACAAAGCUGAGUCAGGUGCACGGCAGCCUCCACACCCCUCUCCAGCGACUGCGGUCGCGGCUGGCGUACUCGACCAAGAUGGGUGCAGCCCGACUACGAGAGCGGCAAGAGCUUCUGAACGAAGCGCUUCGAGUCAUUAGCACGUGCCCCGAGCUCUUCCAGCACCCGACCGUCCUUGCCUUCUUGCAGAUAGAGCCCUCCGCCGCUGCCACUCUCGACUGGUCGCUCGUGCCGCUGAACGCGACGUCGGUCGUGACGACGACACCUCUCGGCUGCACGUGCAAGCAGCCGACCCCAGUCACGGGUGCGUGCAGCAGCUUCACAUGUGCUUGCGCGUGCGAUGUGACGGCCGGCAUUUGCGACGCGCGCUGCUGCUGCGACCCCGAGUGCUCGCCGGUCCAAGUCGCAGCCAUGCAAGGCAGCUGCCUCGCAACCGACGUCCCUUUCGCGAUUCCCUACUGCGACGCCUCGCUGGUGGCCAUCAACACCAAAUAUGGGAUGCUCGAGAUGCCCGAUGCAAGCAGCGAUGCCAUGUGCGUGUACGUGGCCAACAGUGACGUCAGCGGCACGUACUAUGCCCCGCCAACACCCGGCGCUGUCGCGUCGUCGACGUCAGAACCGUCCUACCAGCAGUCGCUACUGACGCAGUCACCGUCAAUGGCGUUUUCUACGAUGUACCGCAAUGGAGAUUUUGUGCAGGCCUAUAUCAACGGAUCGACCGCGACGCCGAACGGCAACGGGUUUCUCAUGCUUCCGGCCGCAUCGCUGAGCUCGUUUACGUGCUUGUCCAUCAACCCGAUUGCAUAUACGGUGGGCGGUGGCACCGUCGCAUCGCGCUGUCACGUGUUGCUCGAUAACGUCACGGCGUCGUGCACGGACCUCGGGAUGGCCCCGUUCGUUCAGAAGCUCUCGGUGGCGACAACGCCCCGUGCCACGACACUACUGCCCGUGACGCUCACCGAAGCGAAGGUACACACGGUGACGGACGCGGUCGACGUGACGGGCAAUCCAUCGGCUUGGGUGCCGUCGGUGACUGUUGACACCCAAAUGUGCACCGGUGUCUUGCAAGAGCUCACGUACACGAUCACGCACGAUGGCAACGGCACAAUUCUGAGCGUUCAAGCGUCCGUGGUCCUUGGCUCGGUGCCGCUGGGUGCGACGUCGCUACCCCGAACAUUCCGCGCUCGAUUUGUAAGCACAAGCUUCGUCGUUCGGUCGCAAGCGUUGGGGAACUUGAUCUCGUACGAACGGUCCGGGAACCCCGGAUACCUCGAUCACUUGCCCUUGCGUGCCGGUGUUCUUAGCACCAAUGGCUCGGUGCAAGCCAUCGCCGAAACGCCCGGCGGCUUUCCGCUGCUGCAAGCCGGACCAUGCGCCAGCAGCACGACGAGUGGCGCCAAAUUUGGCCGCGAUCUGCUCGUCUCGUGCUCGCUACCAUUGUCGCUGACCGAUUUCAAGGCGUUUUGCCUCUCAAGCGUGGUGCCCCAGGCGCUGCAGGUGGCCACCACGCACGUCGCUGCCUACGGCAACGCCGAUCCGUUCAAAGUCAGCGACUGGGUGGCCGUCACGGCACCGGCGAACGCCACGUCCGGUGGAGUCUACUCCAACGGCGUGUGUACCAACGUCAUCACGAGCGCCCACAUUUUCGUCUCGUACACUCUGACGGGCGACGUGCAAGCGCCACAGCGCAAGAUCACGUCGGUUCUCGUGAGCUACGCCAAAGAGAAUGUGAUCUUUGGGACCACCGACGCCAGCAUGUCCCUUCUAUUGUCGACGACGCUUACGUAUCGCGAGGUCGCGUCGUUGACACCGACGGACCUCAUUUUGCCGGCGCCAGACAUUUGGUUCACGCUGCCCAGUGACGUAUUCUACCCGUUCUUGCUCGCCUCGUCCGCGCGCCGCGUCGACGUCCAACUGCAUGGCGUCAUCCUCGCACUGUAUUGUUGGAUGCGCUAAGCGUCUGUAUUUCCGACGACAAGCGUUUCUGUCUUUUCACAUUGGAC